AUGAGCAUGAGCCUGCCGCGGAGUCGAAGUCAAAGCAGAGAUUCUGAUGCACGCGCUGAUACUGAUUUCGAACUUCAAUGCCUUAAUGCCUUUCGCCAUCACUUUCUGGCCUCGAUUUCCGGAUUCACACCGAACCCGCAGCUCGACCGAUUAGUCCUACAAGCGCUAUAUCAAGAGACUUGCGUCCGCUACAUUGCUGUUGCCGUUACUGCGCAUCAGCUCCGAGCACCGGACGCAAAUUCAGUCUUCGCAAUCCACAUGUACCGCCAGGGUGUCCGAGCCUUUCGCGAGCUGUUGUCCCGGCAAGACAAAGGCUCGAUCCAGGCAGCACUGAUCUGUUCAAUGCUAGGUGUUUGUUUCGAGCUCAUGCAGGGCGCCUAUACCGAAGCCAGGUUGCAUCUCGAAAUGGGUCUCCAUGUAGUCUCUUCAUUUCAAGCUUCACUGGAUCAUGAGCUUGCCAAUGCUUUUGUCCAACUUGACGUCCAAGGCUCAAGCUUCAUCGAAGGCAGACUGCCCCGUCUGACUCGACACCUGGCACAGCCUGCUCCUUCUUCUUUGGACUCUCUUGAAAGUGCACAGAGCCAGCUAUUUCGGUGCCUCAGUCAGCUCUGGUCCUUUCUCAGAGGAGCAGCUGACGAUGCGCGCUACAGCGAUCCUGCCGAUCUUCCCCCAUUGAUUGCGGCCCAAGCUCAGGGCAUCAGCCUGCAACUGCAACAAUGGGGGCGUGAUUUCAAGGCUCUCCUUGAGAGCAACCCUCCCAAAGACGCUCCAGUACACGAUCAUGUCCGCGCCCUUUCCUGCCAUCAUACGGCUGCCACCAUCCAAGCCGCUACGGCUCUCCAUGCUGAGGAGCUGAUUUACGACCAGUUUGAUGGUGAAUUUGAAAGCAUCGUAUCUUUGUCACGCACACUUCUUCACAGUAAGCUCUCGGGUCCGAGUGAGGGUGCUGCCUUUCUCGGGCUUGGUGUUGUCCAGCCACUCUAUUUCACAGCCACUCGCUGUCGGGUCCGGCGGUUACGAAAUGAGGCAAUCCGACUGCUAUCGGAAGUGCCGGAGUCGGAAGGAGUAUGGAGUGGCGUUGCCAUGGCACAAGUCAGCGCCGUAGUCAAGUCACUGGAGGAAAAGGGGCUGAGUGAGGAAUUUUUGGAACAGCACCGAAUCCCCGAGACAAUGCGUGUCCAUUCAACAGGAACAGACAUCAAACCUGUCCAACGUUCCUCGGAAGUGUGUUGCUCUCUCUUGCCCGAAGGACCAAAAGGUCCCUGGCAGCAUCUACUCUUUCAAGUUACUUGGUGA